AUGUAUAUUCUUGAUCAGCUCGAAAAGUUGAGUUCAUUAUCAAACAUACAUUAUAUAGCUUGCAAUCUUAUUGAAGCAAAUGGACCUGAUACAAUUGAAUUAGACGACAGCGAACAGAUUCUAACGCAGGGAGUUUUUCGAUUUGUUGGAGAAAUUGGUUUUAAAAUUUUAGACAAACCAUUGGAACCGGUGUCGUAUGAAUGUACCGGAACAUUGAUUAACUCAAAAUUUGUUCUAACAGCUGCUCAUUGUUUUAAUAAUCGCUAUAAAGAGCCAAGAAUGGUGCGGUUUGGUAUAAGUAAUUCGAAUCAAGAGCAACUGAAGAAUGCAGUUUAUGAAGAAAUAGACGUAAUACAUGUUCAUUCAAAAUAUAUAUUCAACACUUCAUUCCACGACAUUGCGAUUGUUGAACUUAAAAAUCCAAUAUCAAAUACCAAAUAUGUAUAUCCAAUAUGUUUAGAAACAAUGUAUGAGGAUUCGAUGGAUUUGAAGCUGAUGAUGUCUUACUGGGAAACUGGAACGAUUUCAAAUACAAAUGUUACAUUCUUGCUUAAGGCUAAUCAAGAAGAGAUAUCUUUAAAUAGUUGUGAAAAUAGUUAUAUCGUAAGUGGUGUACCUAAUCACAUGCAACAAGAUUUGCAAGAUACACAAAUAUGCACAAAAUUCAAAAUUCCUGAACAAGAAUAUUACAUUAGUUCCAAUGGUGACCCAUUGCUGACAUUGGACUCAAACAGUAAUUAUCGGAUAUUUGGCAUAUUUUCUGGUGCAAGCAACUAUAACUCGGCAAAUUCUUUAACUAAUUUAUUUAUACGGAUUGAUGCAUAUUUAGAUUUUAUCGAGCGUAUAGUCUGGCCGGAUGAAAUACAAUCAUCGCAACACAAAACUACAACUACAGAACCUUCGUAUUUUAGCACUAUCAAAACAACAACUAUAGAACCGACGCCUAUGUCUACAGUAAACUUUAAAGAACACUUAGCUACAAAAGCUUGCAAUAUUAUUGAGGCAAAUGGACCUGAUACAAAUGAAUUAGAUGAUAGCGAACAGAUUCUAACGCAGGGAGAUUUUCGAUUUGUUGGAGAAAUUGGUUUUAAAAUUUUAGACAAACCACUGGAACCGGUGUCGUAUGAAUGUACUGGAACAUUGAUUAACUCAAAAUUUGUUCUAACAGCUGCUCAUUGUUUUAAUAAUCGCAGUAAGGAGGCAAGAAUGGUUCGGUUUGGUAUAACAAAUUCCUUUCAUGAAGAACAAAUGACAGAUGCAGUUUAUGGAGAAAUAAACUUAAUUCAUGUACAUCCAAAAUAUACACCAGACACUUCAUUCCACAACAUUGCUAUGGUUGAACUAAACAAUCCAAUAUCAAAUACCAAAUAUGUAUAUCCAAUAUGUUUAGAAACAGAAUAUGAUGAUUCAACCGAGUUAAAGCUAAUGGUGUCAUACUGGCAGCCUGGAGCAGUUAGAGAUAAAAAUUUCAAAUUCUUGCUUAGAGCUGUUCAAGCGGAUAUAUCCUUAAGCAGUUGUGAAAAUAGUUAUAUCGCAAAUAGUGCAGCUAGUCAUAUGGAGUCUGAACUUCGUCACACACAAAUGUGUACCGAAUUUACAAUUUUUAACCAAAAACUUUGCAUUAGUGCCAAUGGUGACCCAUUGUUGACAUUGGACUCAAACAAUAAUUAUCGGGUACUUGGUAUAUUUUCUGGUGCAAGCAAGUGCAACACAAAUUCUGUUACUAACUUAUUUACACGGGUCGAUGCAUACAUAGAUUUUAUUGAGCGUAUAGUCUGGCCUCAAGAAGUGUUAUCAUCUCAACAUAAUGCCGAAACUAAUAUUACUACUGCCACAACCAUCAUUCAGAGUACGACAACUAUUGCCACCCCUUACAUAAUACCAACAACAACCACCACUAUUAAACCCACGACUAAAGAACCGAUGCCUACAUUUGAUGAUAAUUUUUCAGAACGAUCAGCUACAAAAGCUUGCAAUUUUAUUGAAGCAAAUGGACCUGAUACAAUUAAAUUAGACGACAGCGAACAGAUUGUAACGCAGGGAGAUUUUCGAUUUAUUGGAGCAAUUGGUUUCACAGAGUUCAACAAAGAAUAUGAACCGGUAUCGUAUGAAUGUACAGGAACAUUGAUUAACCCAAAAUUUGUUCUAACAGCUGCUCAUUGCUUUAACAAUCGCUACAAAGAGCCAAGAAUGGUGCGGUUUGGUACAACAAAUUCGAAUCAGGAGCAACUGAAGAAUGCAGUUUAUGGCGAAAUAGACGUAGUACACGUACAUCCAAAAUAUGUAUUCAGCAGUUCAUUUUACAACAUUGCGAUUGUUGAACUUAAAAAUCCAAUAUCAAAUACCAAAUAUGUAUAUCCAAUAUGUUUAGAAACAAUGUAUGAGGAUUCGAUGGAUUUGAAGCUGAUGAUGUCUUACUGGGAAACUGGAACGAUUUCAAAUAGAAAUGUUACAUUCUUGCUUAAGGCUAAUCAAGAGGAGAUAUCUUUAAAUAGUUGUGAAAAUAGUUAUAUCGUAAGUGGUGUACCUAAUCACAUGCAACAAGAUUUGCAAAAUACACAAAUAUGCACAAAAUUCAAAAUUCCUGAACAAGAAUAUUACAUUAAUGCCAAUGGUGACCCAUUGCUGACAUUGGACUCAAAUGGUAAUUAUCGGAUACUUGGCAUAUUUUCUGGUGCAAGCUACUAUAACUCGACACGUUCUAUUACUAAUUUAUUUACACGGAUUGACGCAUGUUUAGAUUUUAUUGAACAUAUAGUCUGGCCGGAGGAAUCAUUUUCCAGUCAGACUGUAUACUGGUUUUCUGGUUAAUUCUGAUUGUAUGCUGCCGGAUUACAAUCCUGCAAGUAUAAGUAAUUUUAUAUAGGUUUUUAUUUGUAUUUAAAUUAGAUUUAGUAUUAUAUUAGAUUUAGUUUUUUAAUUAUAAGUAACGAAUUGAAAUAAGUUAUGAA